UUCCCUAUCAGCAAAACCCCUACACCCCCGGGAGCAGCUCCAGCGUCAUCCAGUGCUACCGCUGCGGGGACACGUGCAAGGGCGAGGUGGUGCGUGUCCAGAGCAAUCACUUCCACAUCCGCUGCUUCACCUGCCAAGUGUGCGGCUGCGACCUGGCCCAGUCGGGCUUCUUCUUUAAGAACCAGGAGUACAUCUGCACCCAUGACUACCAGCAGCUAUAUGGGACCCGCUGCGACAGCUGCGGGGACUUCAUCACCGGAGAGGUCAUCUCUGCCCUGGGGAGGACCUACCACCCCAAGUGCUUCGUCUGCAGCACCUGCAGGAAGCCAUUCCCCAUUGGAGACAAGGUGACGUUCAGCGGGAAGGAUUGUGUCUGCCAAAACUGCUCUCACUCUCUCAUCAGCACCAAACCCAUCAAGAUCCAUGGGCCCAGCCAAUGUGCAGGCUGCAAGGAGGAGAUCAAGCAAGGCCAGUCCCUCCUGGCCCUGGAGAAGCAGUGGCACGUCAGCUGCUUCAAGUGCCAAACGUGCGGGAUCAUCCUCACCGGCGAGUACAUCAGCAAGGACGGUGUCCCGUACUGUGAGUCUGACUACCAUGCCCAGUUUGGCAUCAAGUGCGAGACCUGUGACCGGUACAUCAGCGGCAGGGUCCUGGAGGCAGGAGGGAAGCACUACCACCCCACCUGUGCCAGAUGUGUCCGCUGCCACCAGAUGUUCACAGAAGGAGAGGAGAUGUACCUCACAGGCUCUGAAGUGUGGCACCCCAUCUGCAAGCAGGCGGCCAGAGCAGAGAAAAAGCUCAAGCACAGGAGGACGUCAGAAACCUCCAUCUCGCCCCCUGGUUCCAGCAUCGGCUCCCCGAACCGCGUCAUCUGCGCUAAAGUGGAUAAUGAGAUCCUUAAUUACAAAGACCUGGCAGCUCUUCCCAAGAUUAAAGCCAUCUAUGAAGUGCAGCGUCCUGACCUCAUUUCCUACGAGCCCUAUCACAGAUAUACGUCGGAUGAGACGCUGGAGAGAUAUAGCUAUGGGGAGUCCCUGGGGACCCUCUCCCCAUACUCACAGGACAUCUACGAGAGCUUUGACACACGGCAGAGGCGAGCCUCCAGCCCUGGCUACAUCGACUCCCCCACCUACAGCCGCCAGGGCAUGUCCCCCACCAUCCCGAGGUCCCCCCACCAUUUCUACCGCUCAGGCACCGAGAGCGGGCGCAGUUCCCCCUACUAUAGCCAGUUAGAUGUGAGGUCCUCCACUCCAACCUCAUACCAAGCGCCCAAGCAUUUCCACAUCCCAGCUGCCGGCGAGAGUAACAUCUACCGGAAACCUCCCAUCUAUAAGCGACAUGGUGACCUCCCUGCAGCCACGAAAAGCAAAACCAGUGAAGACAUCGCACAGUCAUCCAAGUACAGCCCUGCCUACUCCCCAGACCCAUACUACCACUCCGAGUCGGAGUACUGGUCCUUCCAAAGCUCCCCCAAAGCCCCCCGGGCCCGGAGGUUCUCGUCGGGAGGCGAGGAGGAUGGGUACGACCGGGGCAUGCACAAGAUCCAGAGUGGCAUCGGCAGGCUGAUCCUGAGGGAGGAGAUGAAGGCUCGGUCCAACUCCUAUGCAGACCCCUGGACACCCCCUCGCAGCUCGGCCAGCAGCAGAGAAGCCCUGCACACGGCUGGCUAUGAGGGCUCCCUCAAUGGCUCUCCCCGAAUGCACUACCUGGCCGACAGUGAUCCCCUCAUUUCCAAGUCUGCCUCCCUCCCUGCCUACAGGAGGAAUGGGCUGCACAGGCCUCCCAGUGCCGAGCUUUUCCACUAUGACAGCACGAACGCCGUCAACUGGGGAAUGCGAGAGUACAAGAUAUACCCCUAUGAGCUGCUCCUGGUGAAGACGAGGGGAAGGAACCAGCUGCCCAAAGAUGUGGACAGGACUCGGUUAGAGCGCCACCUCUCCCAGGAGGAGUUCUACCAGAUCUUCGGCAUGACCAUCGCCGAGUUCGACCGCCUGGCCCUGUGGAAGAGGAACGAGCUGAAGAAGCAGGCCCGGCUGUUUUAAAUACAGUGCACUAUAAAUAUAUACAUACCUAUAAAUAUAUACAUAGAAAGAUCUCUAUAUCGCAGCUCUGUAUGAUUCUCGGUGCUGUAUGUGGCAGAGGCGCCCUCUGCACCCCUGAGAGUGAAUUGGAGUCUUGCAGA